UGCUUUGCUUAAAGAAUGGCAGAAGUUCCAUGUGAAGUUAUCGAUGGAAUAACAAAGAAUGAAGAUUACGAUCUGGGAGAACCAGAAACUCCAGAAUUGAAAGCGCAAUGGAAUGCUGUGUUUGUGCAAAACGAAUGGCGUCUUGUUGAUAUUUUCUGGGCUAAAUGGUGUGUAAAACUUAACUCCGGUGACGAUGACGAAUCACUUAGUACAAGGUCUAUGCAAAGACUGGUUCAUGACGAUGAUGCUGACGAAGAAUAUUUCUUUGCAAAUGCAGAAGACCUAAUAUGGACACAUUAUCCAGAUGAAGAAAAAUGGCAAUUACUUAAGGACAAAAUUUCGAAUGGUGAAUUUUUUAAAAGAUUAUACGUCCGAGAAAGAUCCAGAGAAAUGGGAGUAACAUAUCCACAAAAUAAUAUAUUGGUAAAAGUAGUUGAAGGACAAGCUGAAUUUAAACUCCAUUUUCCACAAGUGAGAGGACAAAACUAUCAUUUUAAGCACAACUUUAUUAGAACGAUUCCCGAGGGUGACACAGCCAGGAAACUUGAUAAAAUUCUUCAUCAUUUUAUCAUGUUUGAACGACAUGACGAAAGCAUUCACUUUAUGUUUAAUAUUCCGGUUCUGGGCAAGUUUCGUGUCAAUAUAUUUGCAUGCGACCCUGGAACUGAAGGGUUAGACAAAUUUGAUUUAAUAUGUUCAUUUGUAGUUUUAUCCUCACAGUUAUCGAAGGAGUGUCUGCCAUUACCUGACUACCCUAAAAUAGGCUGGGGACCGAACAAAGUAUCUAGACGUUUAGGAUUAGUUCCGAUAACACACGAGGAAUCAAGUAUAUACACAGCAACAGGAAUACUGGAUAUUGAAAUCGAAGGAAAACAGGAACUUAGAUUAGAAAUGAAAUUACUUAAUCCAUUUGUGGACAGUGCUAACAUGUCAAAAUACGCUAUGCUCUAUUGGAAUCAAGGAAAGUAUAUUGUCCGAACAAGAUUGCCACGCCAAGGAAUUUACGGACUAAAAUUCUUUACUAGAAACAGAAAUACAAUGGAACAAGAGAAUGUACUUAACUAUCUAAUACAUUGCUCCAUGAAAAAAGGAGAGGUGCAAUGCCUGCCUAAUAUCGCCCAAGAUAACCUUGGUCCCCAUCCUACCAUUGAACGUUUAGGAAUUGCAGCAAAUAUGCAUGAAAAUGGCUACAUCAUAGCAAGAGAUGGACACACAAAUAUAGAUUUUAUGACAAAGUCAGAUGUUGAUUUAGUAGGCGAGCUUCAUUCAAAUGAUCCUUCAGCCGUUCCACGAAUGAGAGUGCAUCAAUACAGAAAAAAUCACAAACAAGCUUUUGCCAUUGAUGUUCCAGUACGAGGAGAAUACGCAUUUAAUGUCUAUGCAAUUAAGAAGGAUGAACCAGAGAAAUUAAACAAUGCGUACGCCUUCCUUGUCAAUUCUUUAGGUCGACACAUAGAAGUUGGAACAUUAAACAAUAAAACAUUGGAAAACAGCAAAAAUUUCUGGAAGCAUACAAAAGAAGUUAAAGCAGAAUCAAUAGUUACGACUGAUACUGAAAUUUCUAUCCCUGUACCAAGAGGUGUGGACGUACUUACAGCAUUUCUACAGAAAGCUGACAGGUCUGAACCUCAGAAUUCUCAAUCUAUACAAAGAUAUACAGAAAAAGGCAUUGAUAUUUAUAAGGUGACCUUGGAAGACCUUGGUGAUUAUAUCUUCAAUAUUUUCCAACAGGAGAAUAAGUUUUUACGUUUGGUCAACAGAUAUAUUAUAACACGGAAUGACAAAGAGGAAGAGUUAGAACAAGACGCUAAGGAAGUAUUACAAAUCAUAAAGGAAGAAAGAGAAAAUGCCGGAACGGACGUAUCGGAUCUGGAACGUCAUAUAAAUGAUAGUCGUCUGAAAAACUUUGUAGAUGUUGAUAAGAGAAUAGAAGCAGCCCAAAUGUUAACAGAAGCUCUAAAAUCAAACAAUCCACAAUUAAUACGACAGGCUUUAUCUGAGUACCAAUACAACAAACCUGAAAAGGAUGAUGAUCUGUUGAGAAAUAGCAAGAAAAAGAUUAGAAAGCUGGAAGCCAAGUAUGAUUUACUUAGAGCUUUUAAAGCAAGAGAGUUGACUAAUCUUGACCGAGCCAUAUCAUUGGCAUCGGCUAUUAAUGAAGAUAGAUCAUUCGACCAACAGUUGAUACAUGCAAAACGACUGAGAGAUAGAUUAGCUGCAAUGCGAACUAUGCAAGACAUGGCCAGAAAUACAGACAAUAGGGUAGUUGGUGAAAUAAGACAGUAUAACACGCCACCUAUCGGCGUCCACCAGACUAUCAUGGCUGCGUUGAUGUUGAUGGGAUACGAUCCUUCUGAAGUGAAGACGUGGAAAAAUUGUCAAAAGAUAUUGGGACUACACGGUGAGAAGUCUUUCUUGACACAAAUGUCAAAGUUUGACCCGAAAGAUGUCAACUUGACACUUGCGGUGGAGGCCAAGAAAAUAAUGGAACCAUAUACAGCCGAACAGAUACAUUCCGAAAGUCAUGAAGCGGCUUCUGUGUUUAUUUGGGCUGAAAAUAUGAUAAAAGAAAUAGAAUCAAACGCCGGAACUCUGGGCGUAAAUAAAAUGGUCCCUGAACACAAUCGGGCUAAAACUGAAAUAGAAAAACCAGCAAAAAUUGUUCCACAAGCGGAAUCUCCAGCUCCUUCAAAAAGCAAAAAAGAAAAACCGACACUUGUUACACUUGAAUCAUUAUUUAUGGAAUCCCCUAUUCCGCCACAAUCUCCAUCAAAAGCCAAGGCCCAGAAAAGAAAUACUGCAAAGAAUCAACAGCAGCUACCGCAACAACGACCAUCAGAAUCAGACAACAAAAUAAAUGGUAAAAGGUCAAAUCCAAAUGUUUACACGAAGGCAAAUGAAGUUAUUCACAGUACAGAUUCCAAACAGAAAAAUAAAAGCCAAGACAAAAACAAUAAUACAGCUAAAUCAGUACCGAAAAAGGCAAAUAACCAGGUCGAAGUUACUAAAAAUAACAGAAAACCAACAGAAUUUACACAAAAAGAUAAGGUUGUACCAGGUGCAAAACUCCGUGACAAGGCACCUAUAGAAGAAAUGGUAUAUGAUGAGGAUGUUACGAAACCCAAGACCAAUUUCAUUGCUAAGAAUGUGAAAUCAUUCAAACCAAAAACCGAAGAGGAAGAAGAUGAUAAAAUAAGUUCAUAUUUGUCAAAUUAUAAAAAGAAACAUACAAAUGACAAUGAAGAGGACGACAGAAACUCUAUUGAUGGACAUUUAAGCAUACCUGAGAACAAUGGGAAGCCAAAACAGCUACUCGGAGGAGGUUACCAUGGAAAGAAUCCUGUAUCCGAAAAUCCAUACAAUAAAUACGCUUAUGAAUUUGAUCCGCUUGAAGCACUCGACCGUGAAGACAGUAUAGACCCUGAACCGGAAGUUGCAAAUAAAAAAUGUUAUAAAGGUAUUUUCAACAGACGUAAAGAAGACAAGGGUGCCAUUCAAAAGCUUUGGGCAAACAGUAUCAAGGCUAAAUAACAGUGUUUCACGUCUAUUGACAGCUAGUAUUUAGGCUUUGUUGCAGGAUUACAUUUUUGAAAAACGGUAUCAAUCAUGAUAAUAAGCAAGAAGUAAAACAAUCUCAGUAUCUUUCAUUUAAUGUGCUCAUCUGUUGUUAUCGUUGAACUUGAAAUUUCAAUAUAAAUGAUUUUCCAUCUG